AUGAGUAGGCGAAAAAAAAGCAACGAAGAAAGUCAGAUUACUCUUUGCCGUAAAAUGAGUGGAAGAGAAGAUUCUUACUCAUUUGGUGAAUACAGAAUUGGAAAAGAUCGUCGACAAUUUAUAAUUGUGACGGUAUUCGAUGUAUGUCUUACAACAUUGCUCUGGACUAUUUCCACAGUAAGUAAGGAUGAUGAUUGGCCUGUGGUAUUCCAUCGUGAAGUUGACUUUCUUCAACCUGACUUCAUGAAACUUUCUUUGUUUGAUGUUGUUGCAAGUUUUUCUCUACUUUCUGAUAUUUACUUUUAUAGUUUGCAAGUGACAGCAAUUCUUCGUAUGUUUGUGCUUAUAUUUUUUUAUGCCAUCUUACUAACUAAACAUUGGAUUCCAGUUGCUUUUACAACUGUCACAACGACACUUUUCCUUGUUGCUAAGGCAUUGUUCUUUUUCUCACCUGUACAAGGUAAUUUGCCUCAGUACAUGGUAUUGGUUUCGUCAUUUGUGGUUGCUUGGUUUCAACUCUGGCUCGUACCAUUUCAUAUUUUACCUCGAGAACGUCGUUAUAUGAUAAUGCCAGAAUGCAAUACUUGUUCAGAUGCACCGAGGCGCAGUGAACACACUGAUGAGGAAUUCCGUUCAGCCAUGGAAUAUUCCUCAGAUUCUGAUGAAGGCAACUUGCCUGCAACAUUAAUCAGAGGAAAAGUCUAUUCAAAAACGCAGUAUUUCGAAGAAAUAAAAAGAGCAGAAGUUAGAGCUAAGCAUUUGCUGGCAGAAAGCAAUUCCUGGAAGGUUUUACUUAGGAAUAGUCCAGAAGUUCGAAUAUCAAAAGAAGGGCAAAUUUACUACAUGAAAGAUGAACUGCCAUGCUCACCAAGUUUUCUUUUCAAAGCUGUCUGGAAUGACAAUAAAUUAUGGAAUAAACAAAUCAGUGAAAUCAAAGUGAUACUCAAUAUCGAUGCAAAUACAGAUUUGGUAUACAGUGCCACAAAUCCAUGUUUAGGAGGUUAUAUAGCAGCAAGAGACUUUUUGGAUGUUCGGAGAGCUCAAAUUGACAGUGAAAAAAAUUUAUACGAGGGAUUUUAUGUCUCUGUUGACUCUUCUAUCUUGCCAAGAAAUGGAAGCCAAAAAAUAGUUCGUGGUGUUAAUGGAGCAAACUACAUUCGCGUAACAUGUAGUUUGACUGAUUCUAAAAUGUCACAAAUUGAAUGGAUUCAAGAAAGUGACUUGAAGUGUACUCUUCCGAGGCGGAUAAUGGAAACUUCUAUGCGUACAUUCUUCCGAAAUUAUAUGGAAAACUUAAAAGCGUUUCUCAGAAAAGAAUAA